AUGACACAACCAGCUCUAAUUGGUGGCAAAGCUGCGCCUAUAACUCACCUGCGCUUUUCACAACCUGCAGUACGUGUGGUGUCAGCACAGCGGCAGGUCACCGUUCAGGAAGGACCCUUGUACCGCACGGAGGGCUCCCACAUCACUAUCUGGUGCAAUGUGAGUGGCUACCAGGGACCUUCUGAGCAGAAUUUCCAGUGGUCCAUUUACCUGCCUUCGUCGCCAGAGCGAGAGGUGCAGAUCGUCAGCACCAUGGACUCUUCCUUCCCCUAUGCCAUCUACACCCAGCGCAUCUGCGAAGGGAAGAUCUUCAUAGAAAGAGUCCAGGGGAACCCAACCCUAUUGCACAUCACAGAUCUUCAGGCCCAGGAUGCCGGAGAAUAUGAAUGCCACACACCCAGCACCGAUAAGCAAUACUUUGGGAUUUACAGUGCAAAGAUGAACCUAGUGGUGAUCCCAGACUCCCUGCAGACCACUGCCAUGCCCCAGACUCUGCACAGAGUGGAGCAGGACCCACUGGAGCUCACUUGUGAGGUGGCCUUGGAGACCGUUCAGCACAGCCACCUGUCUGUGGCCUGGCUCUGGCAGAAAGUUGGCGAGAAGCCCGUGGAGGUCAUCUCCCUGAGCCGAGAUUUCAUGCUUCACUCCGGCAGCGAAUAUGCCCAGAGGCAGAGCCUGGGGGAGGUGCUGCUGGACAAGCUGGGGAGGACCACCUUCCGCCUCACCAUCUUCCACCUGCAGCCUUCUGACCAGGGCGAGUUCUACUGCGAGGCCGCCGAGUGGAUCCAGGAUCCGGAUGGGUCAUGGUAUGCUAUGACCCGAAAGCGUUCCGAGGGAGCCGUGGUCAACGUCCAGCCAACUGACAAAGAAUUCACUGUUCGGCUGGAAACAGAGAAGCGGCUGCACACGGUGGGCGAGCCGGUGGAGUUCAGAUGCAUCCUGGAGGCUCAGAAUGUUCCCGACCGUUACUUUGCUGUCUCCUGCUUCAACAGCUCGCUCAUCGCCACCAUAGGCCCUAACGCUGUGCCUGUCCUCAACAGCGAAUUUGUUCACCGGGAAGCCAGGGGACAGCUUAACGUGGCCAAAGAGAGCGACAGUGUCUUUGUGCUGAAGAUCUACCACCUCCGCCAGGAAGAUAGAGGGAAAUACAACUGCCGGGUGACUGAGCGAGAGAAAACCGUGACGGGGGAAUUCAUUGAUAAGGAGAGCAAGCGUCCCAAGAACAUCCCCAUCAUAGUCCUCCCCCUCGAGAGCAGCAUCUCCGUGGAGGUGGCCAGCAAUGCCAGCGUCAUCCUUGAGGGCAAGGACCUGCGCUUCUCCUGCAGCGUCCGCAUGGCAGGCAGGCUGCAGGGUCGCUUCUCUGUCAUCUGGCAGCUUGUGGACAGGCAGAACCGCCGCAGCAAUAUCAUGUGGCUAGACCGGGAUGGCACCGUGCAGCCAGGCUCGUCCUACUGGGAGCGCAGCAGCUUUGGGAGCGUCCAGAUGGAGCAGGUGCAGCCCAACUCAUUCAGUCUGGGCAUCUUCAACAGCAGGAAGGAGGACGAGGGCCAGUAUGAAUGCCAUGUGACUGAAUGGGUGCGGGUGGUGGAUGGCGAGUGGCAGAUUGUUGGGGAGCGCCGGGCCAGCAUUCCCAUCUCCAUCAUAGCUCUUGAAAUGGGCUUCGCAGUCACAGCCAUCUCCCGGACACCGGGGGUAACCUACAGCGACUCCUUUGACUUGCAGUGUAUCAUCAAACCCCACUACCCUGCCCAGGUCCCCGUGUCAGUGACAUGGCGGUUCCAGCCGGUGGGCAUGGUGGAGUUCCAUGACUUGGUGACCUUCACCCGGGAUGGAGGGGUCCAGUGGGGGAACAGGUCCUCCAGCUUCCGAACCCGAACUGCCACCGAGAAGGCUGAGUCCAGCAACAACGUCCGCCUAAGCAUCAGCCGAGCCAGUGACACGGAAGCAGGCAAGUACCAGUGUGUGGCAGAGCUGUGGCGGAAGAACUACAACAACACCUGGACACAACUGGCAGAGAGGACCUCCAGCCUGCUGGUGAUCAGGCUGCUGCAGCCAGUGACAAAGCUGCAGGUGAGCAAAUCGAAGAGGACCCUCACCCUGGUGGAAAACAAGCCCAUUCAGCUGAACUGCUCAGUCAAGUCUCAGACCAGCCAGAACUCCCACUUUGCGGUGCUCUGGUACGUCCACAAGCCCUCAGAUGCCAACGGCAAGCUUAUCCUGAAGACUACCCACAACUCCGCCUUCGAAUACGGUACUUACGCGGAGGAGGAGGGCCUGAGAGCCAGGCUCCAGUUUGAGAGGCAUGUGUUGGGGGGCCUGUUCAGCCUCACCUUCCAGAGAGCCAAGGUCAGCGACAGCGGCAGCUACUACUGCCACUUGGAGGAGUGGCUGCUGAGCCCCAACUACGCCUGGUACAAGCUGGCAGAGGAGGUUUCUGGGCGCACAGAAGUCACUGUGAAACAGCCAGCGGGUGCAGCCCAGAACUGUCUUCUGAGGAAGAGGUGCUCUCCUGGGCCCCCACUGUCCCCAGGCCUCAGCAGCAAGGCAAGUGAGGUGCUGCCGUCAUCCAGGCUGGACAGUUCAGUGAUUUGCCUGAGGCCCCACAGCAGAGUUCAACUGGAGACAGAGAAACCAGCCAGAGGCAGAGGGAGGUAACACGGAGUCCCCCAGAAAGGUCUGGGCUGCGCGUGCUUCAGGUAACCUCCCUUGACCUUCAGGAGAACGAGAAGGCUGCCUGAUCAGAGAGUCUCUGAAGAUCCUGUGGCUGCAGGCUUCAGCAGAGUGUGAGGGAGACCCCAGUUAUUUCCUCAGGUGUUUCCACCAAAUCCUCCUGUCUUUUGUGGCCAACACCCCAGGCAAGUCUUGGGGUCCCCGUCUGCUGC